UAUCAGACCGCAUCAUUCAAUCAAAGCCGUUCAUAUUUUCCCGUUCCUCCUCAAAAUUCCCCUCCAAAAUUUCAACUGAGUUCGUUUAUUUAUUUACUUUUCGUUUUCCGCCACAAGGGUUUUGAAGUGAAGAGUCCGAACGUUCCUUUUCCUUACUUGUAUACGAGCUUCAAUGACCGAAGAAGCCCUAAGAAAGGAGCCAGAAAUCAAAUCCAUGGAGGCGGAAGAUAACCUGGCUGCAAAGAAUGACGAAACUCCGGCUGAACCGCAAGAAGCACCCAUUGAUGAAGGAAGUAAAGAAUCUUCCAGUGGAAAAGAAGAUUCCUGUCCUCCUCAAGAUUCUGAUAAAACACUAGAAUACGCUUUGGAACUAAUGGAGAGAGGAUCGGAGGCAGUUAAAGAAGGUGAUUACGCCGAGGCUGCCGAAUGUUUCAGCCGUGCUGUUGAAAUCAGGGUUGCACAUUAUGGUGAACUUGCUCCGGAAUGUGCCACUGCUUACUAUAAGUAUGGAUGUGCUUUGUUAUACAAAGCACAAGAAGAAAGUGAUCCCUUAGCUACUGUUCCAAAGAAGGAGGUCGAUUCCCAGCAGAAUUCUAGUAGAAAUGGAGUUGCUAAGGAUGCAAAAAGUAGUGAAUGUUCCUCAUCUUCUGUUAAUGAUGCCAAACAAGAUAGGGAUUCGAAUCACAAUGAAGGAGAUCCAGAUGAUGGUGCUACUGAGAAAGACCAGGGAGAAGAUGAUGCAGAAAGUGAAGAUGAGGACCUGGCUGAAGCAGAUGAAGAUGAGUCAGAUUUGGAUCUGGCAUGGAAGAUGCUAGAUGUUGCAAGGGCAAUUGCUGAGAAGCAGCUGGGUGACACAAUGGAGAAAGUGGACAUAUUAUCAGCUCUAGGGGAGGUUUCUCUAGAGAGAGAAGACAUUGAGACUUCUAUAAGUGACUAUCUGAAAGCACUGUCAAUUUUGGAGCGCCUGGUUGAACCGGACAACCGGCAAAUUGCUGAAUUAAAUUUUAGGAUAUGCUUGUGUUUGGAAGUUGGGUCAAAGGUUCAAGAAGCCAUUCCAUAUUGCCAGAAGGCCAUAAAGGUUUGUAAGGCUCGGGUAGAGCGGUUAAUGGAUGAAGUGAAGAGCUUGAAGGGAACAGAAAUGACAAUGGUUUCAGACAUGAAUCAGAUGGAUCAACUUUCUUCUAGUGGUUCCCACUCUGACUCUUUUGUCUCAGAUAAGGAAGCUGAGAUCGAGACACUUAAUGGACUCUCUGGUGAGCUGGAGAAAAAGCUUGAGGAUUUGCAGCAGCAAGCAUCAAAUCCAACAUCUCUGUUCUCAGAAAUCCUUAAAAUGGCUUCUGCCAAGGCAACAAGUAGUCUGAAGAGUUCAGCUGUGAUGGGCUCUUCACAGCUGGGUACUUCCAAUAGCGGUGGGGGUUUUGACUCUCCAACUGUUUCCACCGCUCAUACAAAUGGUGCUGGACCUGUUGGGGGCGUCACACAUCUUGGUGUGGUAGGAAGAGGUGUGAAGCGAGCAUCGGUGAACUCAAGCAGUGUGGAAGCUAGCGCUAUGAAGAAGGCCUCGUUGGAUUCGUCAGGGGAUAAAGAUGAGAGCACUGUCUCUUGACAACUUUUGAUUCCAGUCCACAUCUAUAUCCCCUAAUGUAAUUUAGUGGAACUUGGUAUUUCCAGUCAAAACAUGUUCAUUUUGUCUGAAAUAUGGAUCCUUUCCAUGAUGGUAAGCACUACUAUGUACUAGAUGAUUGUUCUGUGUUUUCAUAGAUGAAUCUUGGAUGUUGUUAUUCGAGUUACUGAAAUAUGGAUCCUUUCCAUGAUGGUAAGCACUACUAUGUACUAGAUGAUUGUUCUGUGUUUUCAUAGAUGAAUCUUGGAUGUUGUUAUUCGAGUUAAGUUUCUUGGAA